ACGUCUGUAGUCAUUGUUUCAAUGGCAAGGGAAAACGUCAUUUUGACAGAAUGGCAGAAAGUUUAGAAAGUCAGGUGCAGUUUUUGUUAAAUAUGUAUUUCUGCUUAUUUUACAAAAAUGGAAGAUUGUGCAUCCAUUGAAUCCCAAAAAGACGGGAAACAAAGAAUGAUAUCAUAAACAGUUCUCUUUUAUACAAUUGAAAAGAAACUGGAUUUCAUUAAAGGAAGUAUAUUACAAAGUUUCGAAUUGCCGUCAAGGUGAACGAUUACGAAAAUUGUACGUGUGGUGUUUGCAAAUGCAUCGUUAAUUUUACAUAAGGUUCCUGACCGUAGUACGGUACAGAUGUGAUGGAGGAUUACAAAUUUCUCUUUAAAGUUGUGCUUGUUGGAAAUGCAGGCGUCGGCAAGACUUGCCUCGUGCGCAGAUUUACCCAGGGGUUAUUUCCACCUGGUCAAGGUGCAACAAUAGGUGUUGAUUUUAUGAUCAAAACUGUAGAAGUAGAAAAUGAGAAAGUUAAGCUCCAAAUUUGGGAUACUGCUGGACAAGAAAGAUUUCGUUCAAUAACACAAAGUUAUUAUAGGUCAGCUCAUGCUUUGAUUUUAGUUUAUGAUAUUUCUUGUCAACCUACUUUUGAUUGUUUACCAGAUUGGUUAAGAGAAAUUGAAGAAUAUGCAAGUAAUAAAGUUCUUAGGAUAUUAGUAGGUAAUAAAAUAGAUCGGGAAGACAGAGAAAUACCAACACACGUAGGAGAAGAUUUUGCACAAAGACAUGGAAUGUACUUCUUGGAAACUUCUGCUAAAGAAGCGGAAAACGUAGAACGUUUAUUCAUGGAAAUAGCAGCUGAGCUCAUGGAGCAAGCACGUAGUAAAGAACUACCUAGAUAUGAAACAAAUACAACCUCAAUAAAUGGUAAAACAACAUCAAUUGGUGAUACAAGUAACUGUGGUUGUAGUAGACUUUCUUAAGUAGUUUUUAUAUAUAUUAUUAAGUCAUUCACCAAACACAUAACUUCAGUUGCUAAAUAUGUAUGUAGGAUAUUAUCAUAGUUUUUAUAGAAUAUGAAAGUUAAAUACAAUAUUAGUCAAUCUUCUAUAACAAAAAAAUCUAAUACUAGAACAUCUUUGAUAUUAUAUGUUAGUAUCUAGUGUUAUACCAUGCAGAUUAUAUUGAUAAUUCUGUUGGAAAAGGUAUUGAAUACUUAAAAUUGAAAUGAAUUUUAAGUAUGUUGAUAAAUAUUUAUUUACAAAUACGUUUUAACGAGAUUAAAGAAAUUUUUUUGUUGUUCUUUAUAAUUGCUCUAUUGAAAUAACAUAAGUUGAUGACCUAUAUUUGGGCAUUUAAUGCUAUUUUCAUAAAUAGAAUUCUGAGAUAUUUUUUGUUAUGUCAGAAAGUACAAAUAAAUAUUUCGUAUUUGGUGACUGGAUGUGAAGUCAUUACGAAUAUAAGAUUUUUACUAAAAAAUUGUAAGCCUAAUGUUGUUCAGGAUUUUUUCAACAAUUUUAUUACAAUGCUAUGAAAAUCAACUGACUUUUGAUAUUAAAAAGUAGACAGUUCUGUAUGUUUACAAUAUAUAUAUAGAAAUUAAUGAAAAUGGUAACCUUACACUUCAAUCAUUAUUGCUUAUUACAAUAAGCUUGUAAGAUUUCCAAAAUCUUACAGUUGCAUUUACAUAGCCAAAGUUUUGUUGUAUUUUUUAAGAUUUUAUCUGAAUCUUAAAAAAGCGAUAAUUAAUGUUUAUUCCGUCUAUGUAUUGUUUAAUGUUAUAUUUUAUAGAUCUUUUAUUUAUAUUUAUGAAACAAGAGAUAUUAUAUUUAUUAUUCGCAUCAUUGUAUUAAUAACAUAAUUUUCUUAGCACAUCACUCUAGUCUUUAUACAUACCUUUUUAUACUUUAAGUAUAGAAAAUGAACUACAAAUUACACUUCUUC